UUGUUGAAAACCUUGGUGGAAGUCCCUGAAGGUUAUAAAUCAGUUUGCUUGGAAAAUUGUAAUUUGCUUUGGAAGGACCAUAAGAGCAAAACAAAAUCGUUUCACUAUGUGCCCAAUAAGGAUGAUCCUGAACUUAGUUCUAAAAAUCCUCCGCAUAUUGUUGCAGAGCAAUGGUCUGAGCUUGUUGCAUAUUGGAGUAGUGAGGAUGCAAAGGUAAAAUACACAACUAAGUACAUAUGUAUGGGGAGCUUCACAAGUUAUUUUAACACCUUGAAUUUGAAAAUGUUGCAGGUGAUAGCAGAAAGAAAUUCAAUAAACCGAGAGCUGCGUGGCCCAUGUCACAAGACCGGUAGAAAGCAUUUUGCCCAAGUGCGAUAUGAGAUGGAAAAAGCUGGAGAACCAGUUGAUAAGUUUAGUGUCUGGAAGAGAACACGUGACUUAAAUGAUCACCUUGUGCAAGAGUUCAUUAAAUCAUAUGAGGAGAAACUUAGAAAGGAGUCGGAGGAGGAUCAGAACUUGACUAGUGUUAAAGAUCGAAUUUUCCACUCUUUGAUGGGAGAUGAUGGUCAUGGGUAUUGUCAUACUUUUGGAGCUGGUGUGCCUCGUAAUCUAGUAUAUCCAAAGGAAUCAAAGAUAUCUCAAAGCACAGAUGAUCUCGUACAAAAAAUCACUGAACAAGUGCGUCAAGAGUUUCAACUGCAGCUUCAGCAACUACAUGCUCGAAUUGAUUUUCUGCAGAAUAAGGACAGUAGCACAGAGUCUCCUAGACAGGUUGCUGAUGCAACUAGCGGGCAUGAAAUUUUGAGGGAGUCUAUAGGAGAUGAAAUAACUCCGAAUGUAAAUAGUGACCAGCCAUUGUUGGAGCAGAAUUCUCUAGUAACAUCCCCUUCACAAAAUGGAUCUGAAAGGGUUCUCAUGGCAAAAAGAGCAAAGCAAAUGAAAGCAAGUGCAAAGCUCACAAAAUGACAAAGUAAAAUGAUGCACUUGUAAUUGUUGUUUUAUUUUAAGAGUG